GAGUCCGGGCUGACGGAGGACAGAAGCCUGCUGAGGCAGGCGGCGGCGGCAAAAAAGGGAAGAAAGGCAAGGGCAUCGAGCAGCUGGUGGUUGGAUAAGGUCGGGAACGCCGCCAGUGCGGCCAAACACCGCCGAGUGCUCCAGGAGAAGCAGCGCAAACUGGCGGAGGCGGCGUGCGUGGCUCCGCUGUCCCAGCGCGUCACGAUGGCGCACGAACAGGUGCAGGAGCUCAAUCAGAAGCUCGAGAAGGCGGUGAGGCACUUCGAGCGUCUGGUGGAGGUCCUCGGGCAGCAGCGCCAGUGGGUGCAGCAGUUCUCCGACGACCUGGAGGAACGCGAGAAGGUGCACCGCGGCUUGGACAUGGAAUUCAACGCGCAGGUGGUCGACGUGGGCCAGCAGCCGCCCCAGCAGAUGGCUGCGCUCAGCGUAGCGAG